CAUUGCUCGCUGCUACAGCUUUCAAAGCGUUAGCGCCAGCUAACUAGCUUAUAGCGGUUUACCCUCCAACGUCAUUGCCAAGUGGGCUUUUCACUAACGCAGUUCCGCAGUUCCGUCUAUCAUAGGCGUAACGAAGUUCCUAAGUUAUCUAUCUAAUCUUCAGUCACACAUUUUGGCCGAUUUACGGACGAUACGGGGCGCGUCGUUCUUAACUUACCAUACACAUACAGCUGCUCUGUUCGGCCAUGAUCUACCAAGGCGUUUGACGAGCGCAGGCUGCUUUGCGUCCUAUGGAUACACAUAGGUGUCGCGCAAAGUUCGCGCGGCUGUUGACGGGGGAUGCGGAAGGCGCGGAGCAGCUCGGCGCGCAGCUGGCGGGGGAGGCGGGAGAGCCGCCCAGGGACGGCAGCGAUGGCAGCGCGGAUCCGCUGCUGCUGGCCAUGCUGAUGUGGCACGAAGACAUCUCGUACGCGCUCUACUCGUACAUAUACGAGCUCUGUCAGCAGCAUGCCAUACGCGAGGGCCAUUUGGCGCUGACUCUUGACGGAGCAGCAGCAGAAGCAGGAGGAGGAGAAGCAGCAGCCGAAGCAGCAGCAGGGGAGGCAGAUGGCGGAUCAGAAUCAAGGCAAGGCGAAGAGGGGGGCGGGGACGCAAGGGGGACGGAGGGAGACGGCGAGGAGGGGAACGCCCAUUUGACCCCCCCGGACGUCAGGGCAGCGGUGCUAGCUGAAAUCCGGGGCAGCGGGUUCCUCGGCGCGUUCCGCGCGCUGGUGUCUGAGGGGCGCGCGCUGGUGCAGCAGGCGCGGGAGAGCGCGGAGGAGGAGCGAGGGGAGGGCGGGGGGAGAAUGGGCGGCCGGCCGGAGCGGGCGCUCCCGCUGCUGGAUAUGUUUGGGACAGUGCACCGGCUGACAGAUAGAGUGGUGGAGUGGGUGGGGGAGUGCGAGAGAGUGGGUGAGAAUGGGGAGGCGAGUGAGGGGGUGGGGAAGGGGGAGCAAGAGGGGGAGGGGGAGCAGGGGGGCAAGGGGGAGCAGGAGGGGGGCGUGCGGGAGUGGGAGCAGUUGGAGGGGGAGGUGGCGGCGGCAGCAAUGGCAGCAAUGCAGGCCAGCAGGGAUGACAUCAUGGCGGAGCUCCGAGCCGUGGCGGCCCAGUGCACGCCGCUGCAGGGCGUGGCGGGCGGCUUCAAGCAAGCAGACAGCCUGCGUCGGCAGUAUAGCAUCAAGUCAGGCAGGACCCCUUCGAAGCUGCCAGGAGGGAAGGCAGGGAAGGCAGCGAGUGGGGGGUUGGGCGUGGGAGCCGACCCGCUGACUAUCUUUGUGGUGGACCGCAUUCGCCAGUACUGCUGCUGGGACACCAAGCACACGCUGCUAGGGGCGGCCAUCUCAUCCUCCUCCUCCCGGCGCCCCUCCCUCCGCCGCUUAACCAGCACCCCUGCCCCCAGCACAUGCCGCUCCCUCGUGCUCCCCGCCUCCUCGGUUUCUGCUGUUUACCCCUCCCCUUCCCCUGCUGCUAGGGAGGGCGGGGGUGCCACCUACCCCUCUCCUGCCGCUGGUGCCAGUGCUGGCAAUGGUGAUGGUAGUGCUCCUGCCAAUGCCUCUUCUACGCCUUUGCCUAAUGCACCUUCACCAGCUAAGCCCUCACCACUACCACCUUUGUCCCCGAGGGGGGGAACAUCAACCUCCAAUGCAUUUGCACGAGGAGGGGGAGAAGGAGGAGGAGCGGGAAGGGGGGGGGAAGGAGGAGGAGGGGGAGGGGAAGGAGGAGCGGGAGGAGGGGAAGCAGCAGCAGCAGGAGCAGUGGACAGUGGCUGCGGCAGCAGCAGCAGCAGCGGCGGGGAUUUGUGGUCGUACGCCCAGCUCCUAGAUAUCAUCUUUGAACGUCAGCCAGACGAUUUCCCAGACUGGCAAGAUCUAGCCGUUGAAACGGUGGAGGGGCUCUGGAUGGCCAUUCAGGCAAAGGCUCCGCUGGUGGCUGCUGCAGUGGCGGAUUCGGGGGAUGGGGGCGAGGGCAGGAGGAAGAAGAAGGCGGCGGCCGAGGAGGAGAAGAAGCCGAGGAGGAAGGGUGGGUUCUUUGGUUUGGGGUUGAAGGAGGGGAAAGACAAGGGGGGUGCUGAGAAGGCUGGGGGGUCGAAGGCUGGUGGGGAAAGUGCUGGUGCUGGUGGUGGUGCUGGUGGUGGUGCGAAGGGAGACAAAGUGCCUGUGCAGGAGAUUCUGAGGGGGCUUUACCUCUUCAACAAUGCGGCGCACAUCCAACAGCUGGUUUCACACCUGCGUCUCUCCAAGGAGUUCCGUGAGCUCUCAGACACUACAAUGCACCGAUUCCUGGACGUGCUGCUCCAAGAC